UCGGAGAAGUCACUGCACCGCUUGUGCCGCUCCAGCUGUUCUCACCGCUGUCUGCCCCGCUGUUUCCCCUCCUCUGCCGCCUGCCCUCAUUUCUGAUGCAGCAGCGACCAUGACGGGCAUCGCGGCUGCUUCUUUCUUUUCUAAUGCUUGCAGGUUCGCUGGCUGCGGACUUCACUUUGACUCUCUGUCCGACCUCAUCGUGCACAUCGAGGAUAAUCACAUCGACACAGACCCCUGUCUUCUGGAGAAGCAGGAGCAGCAACAGCCGACAUAUGUGGCUCUCAGCUAUAUCAACAGGUUUAUGACGGAUGCUGCGAGGCGAGAACAUGAAGCCUUGAAGAAAAAGGUGCAGCCCAAGCUGUCCCUGUCUCUGACAGGCAGUCUGGCACGCAGCAAUGUUUCCACCCCACCCCGCCACACCAGUGGAAACCUCACCCCUCCAGUCACCCCACCAAUCACCCCCUCCUCUUCUUUCCGCAGCAGUACACCUACAGGUAGCGAGUGUGAUGAAGAGGAUGUAGACUUUGAGGAGUCUGACAGUGAUGAGUCAUGGACCACAGAGAGCGCCAUUAGCUCUGAGUCUAUUCUUAGUUCCAUGUGCAUGAAUGGAGGAGAUGAGAAGCCUUUUGCAUGUCCUGUACCAGGCUGUAAAAAGAGAUAUAAGAAUGUUAAUGGAAUCAAGUAUCAUGCCAAGAACGGCCACCGGACCCAGAUCAGGGUGCGCAAACCUUUUAAGUGCCGGUGUGGGAAGAGCUACAAAACUUCUCAGGGUCUCCGCCACCACACCAUCAACUUCCACCCACCCAUCUCUACCGACAUCAUCCGUAAGAUGCAGCAGUAGAGACGGACUGGAUGACCAGCAUCCUCCCUCAGGCUGUGUAAACACCUAUCCCAACACCACAAUCAUCAGCAGUUGUUUCUCUUUCUGAUGUGUCUCCCUCACCCGUACACCCUGCUUCUACUUAGUUAUGACACUAUAUUUUGAUUGCAUUACAAAAAUGUAUUAUUGUUCAACCUUAAUUUUGAUUCAAAAUGUUAAAUUUUUGCAUAGUUCAGUUUUGUAUUUUGCACAUUUUAGCUAUCAUUUAUCUAACUUUAUUAUUCUUUGACUUACCUUAUUGAUGAGGAGAAGCUGCAAACUUGAGAAGGGCCAGCUCAUAUGUAGCCUUGCAUGUGAACUACUUUAACUUAAAAGUAGUGGUUUGGAUGUUUUUGAUACUAUAAAAAGAGGCACCAUUACCUUGUCUCUGUCAUAUCAAACAGUGUCUCUUCUGAGCCUAAAUUAUGACAAAUAAACAAUUAUUGUAUUAUAACAUUAGAAUACAACGCCAGCUUAAUGGAAGUUAUUCAUUGUUGUACUCAUUUAGAUUAUUUUUCCUUUUCAUAUCACACCUUUUUGGUUGGUUUCACAGCACCAAAUACAUUUCUCAGGUGAUUUUGGGCACCACAGUCCUGCCCCAAUUGUUCUGAAGAUCUUUAUACUGUUCAGUGGGAUAUUGAGAACAUUGUCGUCGUUCUUCAUGUCCUGCCCAUCUUUUCUUGACGACUUAGCAGUUUUCCUUGCUGCUUUACAGUAAGGGGUUGAAGCACUUUUGUAAAAGUUGCCAAGCAAAUCAGCAUUUUUGCCAUUAACUUCUUUAUAGUAAAUUUACAGUUAGGGGACAGUUGCACGUUCCGCAUUGGUCCAAAGAAAAAUGUA